UGGGCUUGCGAUAAUCCGCACUGUCUCAGGACUCUCAACCCAUAAAAAGCAUCAAGCAUACACCAGAACAAAGAGCGCAGACGAUAAUCGUAGCAACUUUGACGAUAGUAUUCCACCAUUCUACUCGCAAAGUAGCUAACUUUUUCCAGACUAAUCAAACCCCCAAUUUCUCCUUUCCUCUAAUCAUCUAUUCUACUUCCAAUUCUUAGAUCUAGGGUUUCGCCCUCUAAACCCUAAUUCAACUUAAUCAAAAUUCAAUUGUAGUUCUUCACUCUAAGUUCAGACCCUUGAAUUCAUCGAUUUGCACCGCGCGAACUCGAACUCAUACGAGAUUCGCGAGGGUUUGAGGUGAAUUUGAUAUCUUUGAAUUGUUGAUUGAUUUCAUCUAACAAGCAUUCAAUCAUGGAGGACGACUGGGAGAAUGAGGACUUCACACCACAAGUUGCCAAAAAGGAUAUCCUGAAAAGUAGUUGGGAUGAUGAAGAUGUUGAUGAUGAUGACGUGAAGGAAUCCUGGGAGGAGGAAGAGCAGGCACCUCCACCAGUUAAAGUACCUGAAAAGCCUGCCAAGAAAGCUGCUUCAAAGGAAACUGGGAAAAAAGGAAAAGAUGUGGAAGAAACAGCGUUGGAUCCUGUCACAGAGAAAUUGCGUCAACAAAGGCUUGUGGAAGAAGCAGAUUACAAGGCCACAACAGAGCUAUUCGCUAGAAAGGGUGAUGACAAGACUUUAGACAACUUCAUACCAAAAUCUGAAAGUGACUUUUUAGAAUACGCUGAGCUGAUUUCUCAUAAGCUUCGUCCAUAUGAGAAGAGUUUCCAUUAUAUUGGGCUACUGAAGGCAGUGAUGAGGCUGUCAACAACUUCUUUAAAAGCUGCAGAUGCAAAGGAAGUUGCCUCCUCUGUUACAGCAAUUGCAAAUGAAAAGCUGAAGGCAGAAAAAGAGGCCAAUGCUGGUAAAAAGAAAACAGGCUUAAAGAAGAAGCAGCUUCUUGUUGAUAAGCCUGAUGAUGAUAUAGCUGUUGGUGGUUAUGAUCCUGUUGAUGAUUAUGAUUUUAUGUAAGCACAUACAGAUCCGUAUAUUCCAGCAUUGAAAUCGGAUACUUUGAUCACAAAAGUUCCAAGCGUCCUUUGCUUCCAUGUGCAAUCUUUGGGCCAUAAUUAUGUUUUGGCCGAGUUGGGGAGAAUAGAUAUCUAUUAGAAUGGCGUCAAUUGCCAAUUCAAUUCACUUGGUUGCAAGUCUGUCUUGUCGGGAGUCAGUUUUUGUUUGCUUGCAUAAUUUUAUAGCUUCAGUCUGAGUUCUGCAAUUGAUUGAUUGUGCAAACCAGUAUUUGAUAUUGCUUCCUAGAUUCACAGUGCAAACCAGUUUUUGAUGUUCUCUUAAAGAGUAACCAUUUUUCAAACUAAUUGUAAUUUGGUUUAUUUUUGACGUCUGUUUGAGUUUAUUCACCUUUUCCAGAAGAACUAAUGCUGGGAGAGGUAGUUUCAGAAGCUUUCUACUUGUGAUUCAAUUGUCCAACUCCACACUAACAGCUAUUCUGUA